AUGUACGGAUCCGAAUCCGGUUCAGUCCCGGAGGAUUUGGAACGAACCGCUUUCAGAAGAGCGGAGAAGAAGUACAAGCUGUAUUACGAAGACACCUACAAAUCAUCCAAGAAACGGAAACCCAAACCCGUGGAUUUAUCAGAGGUAUUGGAUUUCAAUUCCAUUCUAGAAUCGUACUAUCAAAACGUUGAGCUUCCACACGGUGUCGUUCCUCUUCGAUGUGGUUUCGAUAGGCCCGUGUUCUCCUUAGAAAAUCGCCCAGGGUUUUAUUUCAUUCCUGGAGCACUGAGUGUGAAGGAACAAUGCCAGUGGAUAAAGGAGAGUUUAACCAGCUUCCCGCAGCCUCCUAACAGAACAAAUCACAAUGCAUUUUACGGGCCUAUAAAUGACUUGUUUAUUGCAGCGAAUGAGAGGAAAGUUUUGGUUGCAGAUGGGGGUUCAAAUUCUGAAUGUGAUCCUUCUGUCAGCAAUGGAGGUGUUCACGGUUGGAAGUUCUUUGAGGAACAUGAAGUGUCUUUGAAAGGGAGCACGUGCAAAUCAGUUUCAGCUUCAGUUCUAUUGCGGAAAUUGCGUUGGAGCACCCUUGGCCUGCAAUUUGACUGGUCCAAGCGAAACUAUGAUGUCUCUCUCCCGCAUAAGAAGAUCCCUGAUACACUCUCCCAACUGGCUAAAAGACUGGCAACACCUGCAAUGCCUCUGGGUGAAGAAUUCCAGCCUGAAGGUGCAAUAGUGAACUACUUUGGCCCAGGUGAUAUGCUUGGGGGCCACCUUGAUGACAUGGAAGCUGAUUGGAGUAAGCCUAUUGUAAGCAUGAGUUUAGGCUGCAAAGCAAUAUUCCUUUUGGGAGGAAAGCAUAGGGAAGAUCCUCCAAUAGCAAUGUUCCUUCGAAGCGGUGAUGUUGUACUUAUGGCUGGGGAAGCAAGGGAAUGCUUUCAUGGUGUGCCUCGGAUAUUCACAGACGGAGAAAAUGAUGAAAUUGUGACUCUUCAGAGGCAGUUCUCACAGGAGGAUGAUUUUAGUGUUUUAGAAUACAUCCGAAGUUCAAGAAUCAACAUCAACAUCAGACAAGUAUACUGA